AUGGAUGGAGCUGGGAUUCACAUUUUCAAAGAUGAUGAAGACAUCAAAAUAGGAGAAAUCAUCGGAGGCAAAUUGGAGGGUACAAUCAAGAGAUCCACAAUCUGCAUCCCCAUCUUUUCUAGAAACUAUGCAUUAAGCGCAUGGUGUCUUUGCAACCUUCCAUACAUGGUGGAUUGCUCGAGAAAUAGAGACAACAAAGCAAUGAUCUUGCCAAUCUUCUUCAACGUGGAUACCCAAGAUGUCAAGCUCAAAACUGUGCUAUACCACGAUGCUUUGCAGAAGCACGAGCAGAAGUUUGGAUGUGAUGUUGUGCAACGAUGGAAGGAGGCUUUGAGAGAGGUUGCUAGUAUCAAAGGAUGGAAUCUCAAAGAUAAAGGGUAA